GACUGCUGGCUGAAACCAACAGGGGAACUAUUUGGUGAAGACAAUCCAGCCGCCGAGGCGUCCAUGUUGGAGCGGUUUAAACGGGUGAACAUGGAUUAACCUCGACACCAUGUUCCACUGCGUAACAGCUGUCGACAUACGUGGAUAGGAGCGAAGGAGUUGGGGAGUUACUGGAAUCAAACGGUGGUAUCGGACGACUAACUUCACCGAGACGUCCUCUUCUUCCUCUUCUUUCUCUUCUCCCCCCCCCCCCCCCCCAGCCAGCCGCUUCCCUCCAGCUGUGUUAUGAGCGCAGAGGAGCAGGACCGGCUGCGUAACCUCUUCAACGCCUACGACGUGGACAACUCGGGGCGGAUCGAGAGAGACGAGUUUCUCAACAUCUGCGCCGAGCUGCAGGUGCCCGCGGCGGAGGCGGACCGGAUAUUUAACCGACUGGACGUCGACGGCGACGGGACCGUCACCCUGCCGGAGUUCAUCGACGGCUUCCACGACCGCUACGGAGAGGACAUGGAUUCGGACGGCGCAGAGAUGUCCGCCGCCUGGGAGAACUUCGAGAUGAGACUGGGAGAGCAGGCCAAGUUCAUCCCCAGGAAUGAACAAGCAGCUGCGUUGUAUCAGAACAUCCGGCUGACGGAGCCCCGACUGAUAAAUCAGUUUGAGAAACUCAUCAUAAACUUCACUAAAGAGAUCAAACAGCAGAACUCAGAGAUGGAGAACCUGGCCCUCGCCAUCAAACGAGCACAGGACCAGGCAUCUAUGCAGCUCAGUGAAAUGGAAGAGGAGAUGGAUCAGCGCAUUCAUGCUGCGGAGAGAAAAACACAAGAGCAGGAGAAUAGGCGAACAGAGGCUGCACUUGGUGAGUUACGGAGAAGUUAUGAGACUGAAGUGUGUGAGCUGCAGUGUAAGAUCCAGACGAUGCAGAUGAUAGAAGAGAAGUACAAGGACAUCACUGUGAAAGACGAGAGUCCGGCGUUGAGGAAGAAGCUCAAUGAGCUCACAGUGGAGAACCAGCGGUUAAAGCAGGAGCUGUUGAAGUCUCAGACCAAAGUGGCCUGUCUGCGCAGUGAGAUGGACUCGCUGAAGACGGAGCUGACCGAUCAAAGCAUCAGCUCUGAACGAGACGAGGAGUUCAUGAAAAACUUCUCUGAUGAGCGAGACAUCCUGGAGAGCCAGAUCGAGAUUCUGCAGACGGCCAACAGGAAGCUGCACGACAGCAACGAUGGCCUGAGGACCGCCUUGGAGAGGACCAGCAGGUCUAAUAACAAUGGAUCCCCAGGAGACAUAAAGGACAGAAGCAGAAGUAAAAGCAUCUGCUACACAUCCCCUUACGCACUAAUGGAUCGGUUCUGCCAGCGCAUGGAGGAGUUCCCUGUGUACAGCCGCCGACCCAGCUGUGACAGUCUGGCCUUGGCCAUGUGUGACCCGGGCAUGAGGCGCAAGCACAGCAGUGAGUGCGAGGAGGACAGCCUGCCUGAGCUCUACAUCGACAGCGGCCUGUCGACGCUCAGAGGUUCCCACGGAGGCUACGAUUCAGAGCAGGAGGCAAAAGGUCAAGAAGAAGAGGAAGAGAAGGAGAUGGAGGAGAAGAGAGAGGAGCAUGACGACAAGGAUAGUGCAGCGAGAGAAGACUCUGACCCUGAGCCGGCGGAGACUCAGGACGGUGAGUCAGCAUUCGGGUCAGACAGCAGCUCAGUUUUGGAGUGGAAGCCAUCUGAAACCCCGGCCCCCACGAUACGGAAAGCCCUGAGUGCCAUCAGCGUUCGGGAGGGCAACAACAUCAUGGACCUGGGCUGCAUAACAUCAGAGAAGGCCUACAGGAUCGUCCUGGCUGGAGAUGCUGCUGUGGGAAAGUCCAGUUUCCUGCUUCGCCUCUGCAAGAACGAAUUCAAAUUAAACUCCAGCGCUACACUGGGAGUGGAUUUCCAGAUGAAAACUCUGGUUGUGGACGGAGAGCCUGUUUCACUACAACUAUGGGACACUGCAGGACAAGAGAGGUUUCGCAGCAUUGCAAAGUCGUAUUUCCGCCGGGCCGAUGGUGUGUUGCUGCUGUACGACGUCACCUGUGAGAAGAGCUUUCUUAAUGUUCGAGAGUGGGUGGACAUGAUCGAGCAGGACGUGUCCCAGGAGGAUAUUCCCAUCAUGCUUGUGGGUAAUAAGUGUGAUCUUAGACAAGAUGGAGCGAACUGUGUUCCAACCAGCUAUGGAGAAAAACUGGCCAUGACAUACAACACUCUGUUCUGUGAAACUAGUGCCAAAGAGGGCUCCAACAUCCUUGAGGCGGUGCUGCAUCUGGCCAGGCAGGUAACCAAACAGGCUGCAUUUGAUGACAAAAGUCACUACCAGUCGCUGCCCAAAUUAGAUGCUCCCAGGAACAAACCAAACUUCUCCUGCUGCACCUGAUCAAAUCCAUCAGAGCCGGACCUUAUCACAGGUGAUUAAAGGACUACAAAUGCACACAACUGGCAAAACAGGAGCAAGACAUAAUCUCUGCAGGAGCAUAGCAACAGGAACAAACCAUCGUCGUGAAUAACCAACACAAUUAAACAUGUGGAUUAAGUGAGCAAACGAUCAUGGGAUCCCAGCAGAAUACUCACGACGUCUCACAUCUGUUCAUAUUUCUUUUUGUCAUUGAAGGUUAUUAUUUAUAUAUGAUAUAUUGAGCUGUAUUUCCGCCACAACUUGGAGUCAAACUGUGAGUUAUUUUAUGAAUGUUGAAGACGGUGCAAACUUCUUGCCAUGUGAAAGUUAUGUUUAUUUAGUAUUAUGCUAUUACACAUAUUUGCAUAAAUUCCUUCCACAUAUGAUUUGCACAAUUUCUGGCACUUGUGAAGAUGCUCUAAGCAAAUGGUGAAAAGAGAAAGACGUGAGAUGUGUGAGAAGGAUUUGAAAGUGAAGCCGGGUAUAUGAGCGUGACUAUAAAGGGACAUAAGUAUGUGACGCUGGCGAAUACCGGCAUGUGAGGACAGAUUCUAGCAUAUUGUAUUGAUAAGGAAAGAUUGCUAUUAUGCUAUUAAUUGUAGCACUUUGCUAAUUACUCCGGAGCUCUGGUUUGAAAUGAUCUGCAGACUGUUGGUGACCUAAAAGAAAGACGACAUUUGUUGUUCGCGCCACCCAGAAUGUCAAACUAUAUCGCAAGUAAACUGCAUCAAUGGCCGACAUGGAGACACUACGAAUUAUGGGAAAACUUUAUCUGUGUUCGUAUACAAUGAACCCUGGUGCAAUGUGUUAUUGUACGGUACGAGACUUCACAAUCCACCGUCUUUGUUAUAUUACCCCACAGUGUUACAUUUCUUUUUUUCAUUUGACUUCCCACUGGGGAUGACUGUCUGUUAUAGAAGUUAUAUGACUGGAGCUGAACGUAUAGCAGAUCAUUCCCAGUUUUCACAAAUGCUUUGGAUCGUUUUCUGUCAUUUUAUUUUCUGGUAUGAGUAACUCAAAUUAGGUAAGCAUAAAAGUGAUGUGUCAGGAAGCAGAGCCCGUAUUUGUAUUUCUCAUUCAUGACUGUUCUUCCUUUUAAAUGUGUACAUGCUCACCUGGGUAAUUUCCCCAAUGUUAUAUAGAAUGUAUUAUUGUUCUUGUGACGAUGAUCAAUGAUCAUGCUGCUGUAGGGCAAUGUAUAAACGUGUCAAUAUGCUUCAAAAGAAACAGAAACGAAAGACACGUACUAAUGAGACGUAGUCGCAUAAUUACGUAGCAAAUAUAGAAACUAUGUAUAUAAUGCACGUAGUUAAAUAAGCCGCCAACAUUUUUUUACUUUUCUUUUGCUGACACAACUUCCCACAGUGAUGGCCAGGUGGUGAACAAUA